CUUUGGACCACAUCCCAGCUCUACGCUCUGCAGGUUGGCUUAAAAGGUGGGCUUUCUGAAACAUUGACACAGGUUAUGCUCCAAAAGGCUAAAUAAAUUAGCCAGAAUUAUUCAUCUUGGAAUGUCAAAUCAACAGAUGUAGCUAUGGCUCUAAGGAGGUCUGCUUCGAUGCUGUUGGCUUCAAUGAUUGUUCUCCACUGGGCAACUUUCUUUGCCUGGUCAGAUUCUUCAACCUCAGUCCUCACCGUGGUCAACAGUCAGCUGAAUUAUGAAAGAAGAGAGAAAACAGAGAAGACCCUAAAUGUUGUCAAAGAUUCUCUCCUUCUUUUUCAAGAUGUCAUGGAAAACAUUGACUCCGAGAAGUUGUCAACUGUCCUGCAGGGAAUUUCCAGCUUUGCUAGUUUGGCACCAGGUGUUGGAGCUUUGGUCUCCUCUGUCAUCAACAUGGUCUUGGCCUUUAUCCCUCAGGAUGACCCGGUGCUGAAUGAGGUGAAGAAAGGGUUUGUUGAGGUGAACCAGAAACUGGACUCUCUGUCCAUCAAGAUCUCCAACCUGGCAACACACGUAGAAUGGACCAACUAUGCCAGCGUCUACUCUAGAGAUGAAGCCACCAUCCUCAAUGUCUGGAAGAAGUUUGAUGAGUUUCUGGAUAAAACUGGAUCACAACAUGUUAAGGAAAACAAUCAAAAUGCUGAAAUAUUCAUCAACUACUAUAAAAGCUGUGGAGCUGAGUCCAGUGUGUCCAAUCUUUACCGCUACCUGACAGUAGACAGCAUGUCUCUGAGUGAAAACCUCAACAACCUACUGAAGAAGAAGUUUAAAUGUGAUCUUUAUAUGAUUGGCAGAUAUAACUUGUACUUGAGCAGUUUGUUUUGGAAGGGGAUGGUGCUCAACCAGUUCUACUGGAAACUGACUGGUGUUAAAACAAAAGGCAAAGAAGCUGAACAUGUGCAGAUGUUCAAGAAGGUUUCUGAAGCUCAGUUAUCAGCUGUGAAGUUCUGCCUAAACAACUAUGAGCAGUACUUGAAGAACGAUGUGGAAGAGAUCACAAAAGAUCUCAGUCCUGACAAAAAAGCCAUUGCUCUUAAGGUGAAAGAGGUUCUGGACAACAAGUACCGCUGGUAUAGCUGGGUGGUGGUGGUGUUUGACCAAAGCAAGUCCAAGAAUCACCAGCUUUAUGCUCGGUUUGUCUUCAAAAUUGGCAGCCUUGUUGUGGCUGUGGACUACACUGUAAAGUCCAGCAUGAUACAUGUUAAAGAAGUUAAGAACACAAUCAGAAGUUGUUUUGAAAACAAGAAGUGUGAAAUUGAGACCACAGCACAGAAAUGCAGCCAUCAAUGGCAUCCCAAAGAUCAUGAUGAUGAAAUUACUAUUUCUUUUGAAAAAUAUGCCGUAGUUACACAAGUUGCCUAUAAAAACGCGUUUGAAGAAGUUCCAGCACCUUUUCAUCGAGUGAAGUGUUCAUGGGACGGCUAUGACAGCUGGAUCUCUGUUCAUUACUCCAGAACCGAACCUGUCUGUAGCAGCAAUCGAUGUAAGAACAAUGGGAAAUGCAAGAGGCUGCUCAGGUCCAAUGAGUGGCUGUGUGAGUGUCAGGAUGGUUACUAUGGAGACACCUGUGAAAAAAUGAUGAACAUGACAGUGACACCAGUACCAGUACCAACCAGCCCUGUGGAGUCCAAACAACAGAUCAUCAUGAAGACAGUGAAGAAGUCAUAUAUACUUAUUAUUUGCAUUUUCAUUAGUUUGUUUGUUUUGGUGCUGAAAGAGUUUCUGAACCAUUUUAACUUCUCCUCAUGCUGUCAACUCAAGGAUUCCUGCUUGAACUCAACAAGGACUCAGAAGAUCAAAUUAAAUAAUGUUCGCAAGAUAAUCACUGAGAAAAUAUGAGUAAUUCAGCAUGACCUGCGGUUAAUUGAUGCUUUUACAGAAACAUCUAAAAUAACUCGAGCACCUUCAUUGCUCUGUUAGAAUCUAACCUCAGCGUUAAAUAACCAAAACCACAGAUUUCACUGACGUCAUUGUGGUUUGUCACUUGUUUUUCUUCUAAAUGGAUCUUGCAUCAAAAUGUCUUAAAAUGUAAAAUCACCAGAGUAUACAUUCAGCAGUUGUUGGUUUUUUAUGUUACAGCUGUGUGUUGAUGUACUGUUGAUGUACUGAGACCCUGUGGGGAGGACGUUUCAUUUCUUUGUGCUGUUAACAUGAAAUGGAUUUAUUUUAAAUAAAGCCAUCAGAUGAUGGGUGACAUCAUUCACAGAGAGCAUA